AUGCUUUGGAGUAUUCCCUGCGCUCCCUGUCGCAGGGAUGCAGCUAUCUUUUUUUCGCAGAGAUUGCGCUCGUCUCGCAUCCCUCGGAAAGGGACAUUACAAAUAUCAAGAUACCUCGCUACGCAAUCAACCACCAAUGAGUCUGCGAGGAAGAGCGAGGAUCAGGGCUCACUUUCCGCAGUCCCCGCUCUGGCCAGGUUCAACGAGAUCGGAGUUCAACAGCUGAGCGACCAUGUAUAUUCUCAAGUAUUCCCCACGAAAUCAGAUCCCCCAGAUCCGAAACUUGUCGCCUUAGCAAAAGAACAUCUAUCCAGGCAUGAUUUGCUCGGAAAAUCCCAGGAUGCCACCGAGCCCGUCGCCUUCGACAUGCCAACCCUCCAAGGACAAUCGCUAGACGAACACUUUUUUAAGCUAGGAAUGGACUGCUCUGACCCCUACCUAUCGCUCGCGAAGGAAUAUAUAACUGUCAACUCGCCAGAAAAGCCACGCAAAUGGGUGAACCGCAGCGGAUGGACGAAGUACAAUUCCGACGGCUCCUGGGAAGCCGUGGAUGCACCCAACGAAUCGAUUCUGACCUUCGACACCGAAGUACUAUACAAAGUACAUUCUUUUGCGGUCAUGGCUUGCGCAGUUAGUCCUACGGCUUGGUAUGCGUGGAUUUCGCCUUGGCUGCUAGGAGAGACGGAGAAUGAGAUUCAACUUGUACCCCUCGGAGAUCCAUCAAAGUCACGUAUCAUUGUGGGACAUAACAUCGGCUAUGAUAGAGCUCGCGUCCUUGAAGAAUACGACAUGGACCAGACUCGCAAUUUCUUCCUCGAUACAAUGUCUCUACAUGUUGCAGUCAACGGGAUGUGUUCACAGCAGAGACCAACCUGGAUGCGUCACAAGAAAAAUAAAGAUCUCCGGGACAAGAUCACUAAUGAGAGUAAUUCUGUGGAGCUGGCAGCCUUGCUCGAAAACAAAAUGCUCAGCGAAGAGGAGGAGGAACUCUGGAUCGGAAGAAGUUCAGUGAACUCGCUUCGAGAUGUGGCCAAGUUUCACUGUGAUGUUACGAUUGACAAGUCACAACGAGACUACUUUGGCGAGCUUAGCAGGGAGGAGAUUUUAGAGAAGCUGGAGGAGUUACUCGACUAUUGUGCAGCGGAUGUUGCAAUCACCCAUCGUGUCUACAAGAAGGUCUUCCCUAAUUUCCUUGAGGUCUGUCCACACCCCGUUAGCUUCGGAGCUCUGAGGCAUCUCUCUUCGGUAAUAUUACCCGUCAAUCAGACAUGGCAGGAAUAUCUCGUCAACGCAGAGGCGACAUAUCAUCAACGACUUGAGGACGUCCAAAAGAAAAUGGUCGAGCUGUGCAAUGAAGCUCUAAAAGUCAAAGACUCUCCCGAAACAUAUACGAAUGAUCCAUGGUUACGCCAGCUGGACUGGUCUGGCCAGGAGAUCAAAAUGGUCAAGGGAAAGAAGAAGAACGACCCUCCGCGGCCAGCCGCUAGGCAAAAAAAGCCGGGCAUGCCUAAGUGGUAUAAGGAUCUUUUCCCCAAGAUCGAUGCAGACAUCAAUCUUAGUGUUCGGACGCGGAUUGCUCCAAUUCUUUUGAAGUUGUCGUGGGAUGGGUACCCUUUGACGUGGUCAGACAAGCACGGAUGGACUUUCAAGGUGCCUCGCGAACAUGCGAAGAAAUACGACAAUCAGCCAGUGGUGAUUUGUGACAUGUCUGAGGAGAAGAUUCUCGAGCUCAAAAACGACCGGAAGCAUGCUUACUUCAAGCUGCCGCAUAAGGACGGGCCUACAGCACGAUGUGUGAACCCCUUAGCUAAAGGCUAUAUGCAGUACUUUGAACGUGGAACUCUUUCAUCCCAGUAUGCACUCGCCAAGGAGGCUUUGGAGAUGAAUGCAUCCUGCUCAUAUUGGAUCAGCGCUCGUGAUCGCAUUACGAGUCAACUGGUGGUUUACCAGGAUCAGGUGCGAGAUGUGGAGCCAACCAAGACAGAUGAGACUCGUCUAGGUUUCAUUCUCCCCCAAAUCAUCCCCAUGGGUACUAUCACACGAAGAGCCGUUGAGAAUACCUGGCUUACUGCAAGUAAUGCGAAAGGCAACCGCGUUGGCUCUGAGCUGAAGGCCAUGAUCAAAGCUCCACCGGGGUAUUCAUUUGUCGGUGCCGACGUGGACUCACAAGAGCUGUGGAUCGCGAGUCUCAUUGGAGAUGCUCAGUUUCAGAUUCACGGUGGAAAUGCCAUCGGCUUCAUGACGCUGGAAGGCUCCAAGGCUGCCGGGACGGAUAUGCACUCGCGUACUGCUUCGAUCCUAGGCAUUUCUCGCAACGACGCCAAGGUUUUCAACUAUGGACGUAUCUACGGAGCUGGAGUGAAAUUCGCGGCUACUCUGCUGAGACAGUUCAACCCAUCGAUGAACGAGAGGGAAACACAGGAGGUAGCGAGUAAGCUAUACAAAGAGACCAAGGGCACUCGGACGACUCGGCGCCUUAUCAGUGAUACUCCCUUCUGGAGAGGUGGCACCGAGUCAUUCGUGUUCAACAAGCUGGAGGAGUUCGCUGAGCAAGAAAGACCUAGAACCCCGACCCUGGGAGCAGGAAUUACAGAGGCAUUGAUGCGGCGCUUUAUCAACAAGGGCAGCUUCAUGACGUCCAGGAUUAACUGGGCCAUUCAAUCCUCCGGCGUUGAUUAUCUGCAUCUGCUGAUCGUCGCAAUGGACUACCUCAUCCGGCGCUUCAACAUCGCUGCUCGACUAGCCAUCACCGUGCAUGAUGAAAUCCGCUAUCUCGUCAAAGAUGAAGAUAAAUAUCGUGCUGCCCUUGCGCUGCAAGUGGCGAACGUCUGGACCCGUGCGAUGUUCUCCGAGCAAGUUGGGAUUCACGACCUCCCCCAAUCUUGCGCCUACUUCUCCGCCGUCGACAUCGACCACGUCCUCCGCAAAGAAGUGGACAUGGACUGCAUCACCCCAUCCCAUCCGCACAAGAUCCCGCACGGCGAAAGCUUAGACAUCGUCAAACUUCUGGACAAGAGCGAGCAAGCGCGGCUGGAUCCGUCCAUCGAGCCCACCAUCCCCCCCGCCCCCGAGAAGUACGCCUACAAACCACGCCCGACCGUGAUGUCCGCACUGCCCGAUUCUAACCACCCAUCCUUCAUUCGGGCCCAGAUCACCAAAGAUGACGCGGAACUCCGAGAGAUCGUCAAGGAGCUCACGAAAGAGAAAACCGCGAUGGCCGCAGCAGCAACUCAGUCCACCGCCACCGGCACCAGCCAGGGCCGCGGCCGCCCCCGCACCACCGCACUGCCAGCAGCGGAGCCCCAAAAGGCCAUUCUGAUGGACGUCGGCUCGACCAUCUACACACCUGGCUUCCGCGGCGGCUUCUCACAGCAAGGGAGCAGGUCUCCCCACGUCAGCUUCAAUCGCCAGAAUUGGAAACCCCGACAUUCCGCUCGCGCGUGA